AUGGUUGUUGUUGCUGUCGCUGGGGGAACUGGUGGCAUAGGCGGCGCUAUCGUCGACACACUUCGCCCAAACCCUCACCAUAAGAUGGUUAUUCUGACUCGCAAGAUCCCCGAUGCACCUCACGCGACCGAUACCUUUGUCACCCUUGACUACAGUGACGUCGACGCAAUGGCAAAGGCCCUCGACGACAACAAUGUUCACACUGUUAUCUCAGCCCUGCGCGUCUUCGAUCCAGCUUCCUCCGAGGCAGAGAGCAACCUCGUCAAAGCGACAGCCAAAGCUGAAAUCCCCAAACGGUUUAUUGCAAGCGCAUGGGGCAUCCAAUAUGCCGACGAGACACCAGUUGGACAAGCUCGAGGACGCACCUUGACGGAACUGCGCACGACAGACCUGGAAUGGACCCGUUUCGACAACGGGUUCUUUCUUGAUUAUUACGGUCCGCCGACGUUCAAAUCUUAUAUGCAGAAGGUUGCGUGGGCUAUCGAUAUCGCGAAUAAGAAGGCUGGAAUUCCGGGGACAGGAAAUGAACCAAUGACGUUCACGUAUACCUUUGACGUCGCCAAGUUUGUGGUUGCAGCCCUGGAUCUGCCCAAGUGGGAGCAAUUGAUGUAUUGUUAUGGCUCCAAGUUCGAUGUUUACUAUGAUCCUCCCAAGAAACUGAAUAAGGGAGAGGUUACUGAACUCCCUUUCAACAGGAACGCAGCCGAUCUUCCUCAGAAGGUGCUGGAAGGUCUCAUGUCACUCUGGGGACUCUAUGUCUUGGAGGGCAAGUAUGACAUGCCGACGGACAAGGCUCUGAACAAUGUAUUCCCAAGCAUCCAGCCGCUGAAGGUUGAAGAUGUAAUGGAAAUGUGGCGGUGA